CAAUGUUGCUCCUCUAUCACCUCAAGCAGUCACCAUCUGCUUAUUUCCCAGCCAUAUGGCGGAGGCUCGCUUGUCCGUGGCUCUUAUGUUCCGCUAUGGGAGGGUUGCGAAGAAUAGCCUAGCAGUUCUUCACCUGCAAAUUACCUUGAUGUCUCUCAGUUUGUAGUAUCAGGCAGGGGAAGGAGACGUUAUUUCUGCCCCAGCCUUGGGUGCUUCGAUUUGUCAAUUUGAUCUGUCACAAGACUCUCACCUCUACUCCAGUUUAACACUUGAUUCAGCUGCAGCCACCGCACGUGCUAGUGACAACGCUCGAGUCACAGCACGUGUUCAACACCCCUCAGAAAAGUCGCUUACUCCUUGCUUUCCUCUCCAAGCGGCGCCAUGGGCUUUCAUCCAGAUCGAUAUGGGUGUCCCACAGCCAAGAGGAGGUUCAGUGAUGCCGGUCAAGACCAGUCUUCGUCAGAUUGCGACCCAGGUUGGUACCCACUGCUGAAGACACCGGAUAGCCAACAGUCGUCCUGUGUGUCACCAUCUUCGGCCCAAAGCGGAGUGUUGAUCCAAAGUGGGAAUGAUGCAGUAUCGAAGGAUACAGGCACAUCUUCAGCCGUGCAAGCAAGCGGAGUAAAGCCUCGAAUGGAAGAUCUGGAAGAAUGUGGGCAUAGUGAGGCAAAGUCUAUCUCGAGUGUCAGUAUGCCUAGUCCAGCACCGGUGGUCAUCAACAUCCCUGGGUUCGACAAGAAGGCCUACGGUGAUCCAACCAGAAGAAGCCCCGGUCAGGCAGCGACUGCCACAAGAGAAAGUGAACCAGACCUGAGGUCUACUUCUCGGACCAAUUCAGAGACUACAGUCGUGUCGAAGACUCCGCCAAAUCCAAACUUGGACCACCUCAAACCCGCAGACAAGCCUCAAGGUCCUCAAGCUUCGUCACCUCCCGUCACCUCUCAUUUAACCUCUUCUCAGCCCCCUAGCACAGACUCCGUGAGAUUUCUCCCAAUAACGAACGGUAUGAUGACUGAAAAAGCUGCCGAGCACCAUAGCUACACAGUGACAGCGAUCAGUCAAAUGAAUUCUGCCAAGAAAUCCGGCUCAUUGCCUCGCGCUGAGACCUUCGAGACUCUGAAGCAAGGGAGUGAGACGCCAGAGCAGGUAAUUGCGCGCCUUCAAGCAGAAGGGUCUCGUGAGGCAUUUCAGCGUAUCAACCGGAAAGAUCAUGGCGAGAAUGUUACUACCACGGCCCUCACUACCCUAGACCUCCUCCGAAAACCGCUCCUGCCCGAGUCAGAUAGCAUUCAGCAGAGACUGAGCAGUUUCCAAACGAGCUUCUCACCUGAUCCCAUUCCAAACCACCCACGACAUCAAUCCAUCCGCAAUGGAGGCGAAUCGUCCGUCGUCAGCGCCACAGUGUCAAAGCAGGACAAGCAGGGUAAGAGAGGGCCAGACAUGAAUAAAAUGAAUCCCAUACAAUGGUCCAACGAUGAAGACUGUGAAGAAGCCGGAAGUGAUAAUGACUCAACUAAACCCAUGGCCAGCGGUUUUGGCAGACUCAUUCGUCGUCGCCACACUCGAGGGGCCGAGGAUGAUCUUGCAGGAUGGGACGGGAACUUUCAGCCGCCUCCCCUUGAUUGGGAACAUCGUCCCAGUUUCUACAACAACACUCCGGAAUACAUCAGCGGCUUCGACAACUGGCUUGGUGCAAACACCACGAGGACCAUGUCGAAGGGUCCGGAGGUCGACUUCUCAGCCAUUCCCCUAGAAGAAGUCCAGAACAUCGACAAUCACGCUGAUGGGAUUGGUUUUGCACCAAAAGAGACGGUCAUUGGCACAAACAAUGCAGACCGCUAUGGCUUCACCAUCGCUGAUAUCAGGACGCCGCAUGCAGUGCAACCCCCGGACUUCGACGGCGACGCAAAACUAGAUCUCUCCGACCUUGAAAAUGCUCGUUACAGGGAUGAAACCGCGCAGGAGUUCAUUGAUAAACGCAUGGAGUACCUGCAACGGGAGCGGAGGGAGCCAAAGGCAAAUGUGGUGGUGCAAGUUCCAGUCGAGCCUGAGAGCGGUACGGUUGGCGAGGAAGAAACCACGCAACAACAGGAUGCUCCAGCCCCGAUAACGGACAAGAAUAUCUAUCUUCGUCCGGCUGUCAAUGCGGACAUCUCGGGUAUGAAAGCUAUUCUCAACUGGCACAUUGCCCAAGGCGUUCGUCCCUCGGAAUUGGCAGAGAUAAAUGACGAUGACAUGUUCCAGCGGCUAGACCUUUCGACGCAAGCUCGUUUGCCAUUCAUCGUCGCCGUGGAACGCAACCGCAAAAACACCCGCCCCAAAUCUCGCAAGGGCCCGAGAGUCAAUCCCAACCAUCCCAUCCAAAACAUUGAUCCUGACUACGAUGGCGUGGUGAAAGACGAACCCAUCGUUGGUUGGGCUUCCGCCACAGACUGGUCGGCCUGUGAUUACGUUGAAACCAUUACGGUGGAACUGGAACUGUAUGUGGCGCCUUCUCACCGCAAAUCAGGCGUGGGACGAUGCUUGAUGGACGCUCUAUUAGAUGCUACGGAUCGCGGAUACCUGAAGAAAGGCGGCUAUGAAUUUCGAGUUGCGCCGGAGAUGCGGCAUAUGUACAGCGCCGGCGGUGGACGCGAUCUGCACAAGUUGAUCUUUCAGGUGCGCAGCUUCAACCGACCAAUGUCCCCGCAGCUGCUUGACCGCAUUCGUGGAGCAGGUCAGGGACAGGGUGAUCUUCCUGUCACUGAGAGUGGUAGGGAUAGUCGCCGGGGAAAAGGCUCCAGCGGGAAUUCGUCCUCCGCAAAGGCUCGCAAACGAGGAAAGCAAAAGGACUACUCCAAAGGCGCAAGACUCGAUGACCGAGAAGACGACUACGAAAUGUGGCUGAAAGACUGGCUCGAGAGACAAGGCUUCGAAGAGGAAGCGCAUCUGAAGAAACUCGGGACGAAGAAAGGGAGGUUUGUGGAUGUCAGAUAUUUGACCCGUGAGACUUGCUGGCAGCCUGCGGAUCAUCGACUCCCGGACUUUUCGCAAGGUCUUUGAGGACCUCAAGACUCAACGUGCAGCAUAUGAAAAUGAAGGAGACGAAGCUCGAAGAAUCUGGACCACCAUCGUCCACAACGAGACGGUAACCGGGCGCUUGCUUCCUUCCGACAAUCCAACGGCCAGGGUUUAUUCUUUAGUCCAUCUUUCCAGUGGCGGUUGAUACUCCCUUUUCAAAGUAUUGCAGACGUGGAGGCGUCUCACUUCAGCAACACACUACACCGUCAGCACUUUUAGAUCAGAAAGACAUCUUUCCGCCUUGUCCGAGCCCAAAAGAAGAAUUGACGACUUACGCCUUGACACUAGCGGCUGAAAAUACCACGCGAAACAUCAGUAUUUACAAGAUUCUCGGCUCAUUCAAUCCGCAAAUAUACACAAUUUCAUGCGUCUGCGUCCAAAAAGUCUCUUUCAAGCACUUUUGUCGAUUUUAGACCUGCUCAAACAUCGGUAACCGACCUGGCUCAGAUGGACGUUCUGUGCCCUCCCCUUGGCCGAAUACAACGGGCCUGGGAUAUACCACGCGUUCGAGCUGCACAGCAACCCCUUGCUAGUGAACACGACGAGAUGCUGGCGAUGGCAGAGUCGUGCCAUUUUCAUCUUCGCCUUUUCUUUAUUUUCAUUGGCAAAUGCAUACACUAUCCAUAAGACGAAGAUGACACGCACUCGUCAAUUAACGAAAUCAUGACGGAAAUCGAACGAAAGGAAUGAUGGCACAGAUCACGACGUGGGCAAGGGGCUGGUGACUUAAGCAAUUGCAUCGAAAAGGGUCUUUAUCUAGGUUCAGAGCUGACCCCUGACAGAAACAUGGAGAGGGACAUGCAAGGAGGUUUCACGAAUCCAUAGCACAAUCAAGCGCACAUAGCUCGAACAUCCAUAGAAAAUUCAAGGGCUCGUUUGUCACAUCAGCCCAGACUAGGCCGUGCAAUGCAAAC